GAACGUGUUUAUUUUAAUCGUCAGUUGAAUUGUAAUACUGCUUUAUCUACAAUGGCGGCCACGUCACUUUCUUUGCCUUCCUAACAUUUCCCUUUCGCCAAGUUUUUGUUGUGCGUUUUGUGCUGACAUUUGUGUAAUAUAUCUGCAUUAAUUAAUAAACUGAUUAGCGGCUACAGCGUCAUACGUGCUCAAUUUCUUGGAUAAAACUCAAUAAAUCGUGAUAAUAAGUAUACAUACAUUUAUCUGACCUAAUAAAAUGAAUAUCUUUCGAUUGGCUGGUGAUUUGGCGCACGUCUUCGCUAUUAUAAUUCUACUUUUAAAAAUAUGGAAAACUAGGUCCUGUGCUGGCAUUUCCGGAAAAUCACAAAUAUUAUUUGCUCUUGUAUAUUUGACUCGAUACUUAGAUUUGUUUACAACCUAUGUCAGCCUAUACAACUCAGUAAUGAAAGUACUUUUUCUAGCGUCAUCUGGAGCGACCGUGUAUCUAAUGUAUGUAAAAUUCAGAGCCACCUAUGAUCGUAAUCACGAUUCGUUCCGUAUUGAAUUCUUAUUGGUGCCGUGUCUUCUGUUGUCUUUAUUAAUUAACCAUGAAUUUACGGUAAUGGAGGUUUUGUGGACAUUUUCAAUUUACUUAGAAUCUGUUGCCAUAUUACCGCAACUCUUCAUGGUUAGCAAAACCGGAGAAGCAGAGUCUAUUACAAGUCAUUAUCUAUUUGCUUUGGGCUCAUACCGUGCUCUGUAUUUAUUAAAUUGGGUGUACCGUUACAUAGUAGAAUCGCACUACGAUCUUAUUGCAAUAUUUGCUGGAAUUGUCCAAACUAUUUUGUACUGCGAUUUCUUUUAUUUGUACAUUACCAAAGUUCUAAAAGGCAAAAAGUUGCAGUUGCCCGCUUAAAUAGUCAAUGAACACAACAUUUCUGAUUCAAAAGUAGAACCAUCGUGAACAUUGUUGCUAAAUUUUCGAAUGCGCGUAAAGCCGAUUGCUCUUUACGUUACAUUUGCAAAAUGUAUAAAAAUUCCACCUUUUAUAUGCCCGACGUACAUGUAAGAAAAUGUUAAAUGGCUUUAAUUCAUGUAUAUCACGAUUGUAAUGCUAGAUAUAUUUCCAUAAAUGUAAUCCGUUAAAUGUAAAUCGCACUACAAUUUUAUAAGACGACUUACGUAUAUUUUUCAAAAACACAAAUAAAACAAAAAAAAAACAUAUAAA